CGGGCGCUCGCUCCCUGCCGAGCGCUCGUCGCCCGCCUGAGCCUUUGCCAGGGGAUGAGGUGGGAGGCGCUAGAAACCACUUAGCUACAGCCGACCGCCCAAUGCAGCACUCUCGCUCCCCCCGCCAGCGGAAGCGCCCGCGGAGCACAAUGCAGCACUGAGGCAGCGCCGCGGUGGAGGCUGCAGCGCCGCGGCAUCCGCAGAACCGGCUGAGGCUGGGGCUGGGAGGAGGCGGUCGUGCGGACCGCGGGGCGCGGAGCGAGGGAGCCGGACUCGGCUGCCCCAGCAUGAGGAGCUGAGCGUCUCGGGCGAGGCGGGCUGACGGCAGCACCAUGCAGGCGUCUGCGGCUGCGUCCUUGCCCUUCUUGCUGCUCUGCGCCCUAGGGACCUGCCCCCCGGCGCGCUGCGGCCAGGCAGGAGACGCCUCAGUGACGGACCUGAAGAAGAGGAACGAAAACCGCUUCCUGGAGCGCCAGAGCAUCGUGCCACUGCGCCUCAUCUACCGCUCCGGUGGCGAAGACGAAACUCGGCACGACGCGCUCGACACGCGAGUGCGGGGCGACCCCGGUGGCCGGCAGUUGUCUCACGUUGACCAGGCAAGCUUCCAGGUUGAUGCCUUUGGAACUUCAUUCGUUCUCGAUGUCGUGCUAAACCAUGAUUUGCUGUCCUCUGAAUAUAUAGAGAGACAUAUUGAACAUGGAGGCAAGACUGUGGAAGUUAAAGGAGGAGAGCACUGUUACUACCAGGGCCAUAUCCGAGGAAACCCUGCCUCAUUUGUUGCAUUGUCAACAUGCCAUGGACUUCAUGGGAUGUUCUAUGAUGGGAACCACACAUACCUCAUUGAGCCAGAAGAAAAUGACACUUCUCAAGAGGAUUUCCAUUUUCAUUCGGUUUACAAAUCCAGACUGUUUGAAUUUCCCUUGGAUGAUCUUCCAUCUGUUCCCCAAAAGAGAAGUGAAUGCCCUCUUCCUCUCUCUCUUGCUGCCAACGGGAUAGAAGAUUUUGUAGAAUUCACUAUUUUGAAAAAUCUGGGAAGUCAAUUUGAGAGUAGCCGGAGCGGGGCAGCUUAUAUUGGUGGGAUUUGCUCGUUGCUGAAAGGAGGAGGCGUGAAUGAAUUUGGGAAAACUGAUUUAAUGGCAGUUACACUUGCCCAAUCAUUAGCCCAUAAUAUUGGUAUUAUCUCAGACAAAAGAAAGCUAGCAAGCGGUGAGUGUAAAUGUGAGGACACGUGGUCUGGAUGCAUAAUGGGAGACACUGGCUAUUAUCUUCCUAAAAAGUUCACUCAGUGUAAUAUUGAAGAGUAUCAUGACUUCCUGAAUAGUGGAGGUGGCGCCUGCCUUUUCAACAAACCUUCUAAGCUUCUUGAUCCUCCUGAGUGUGGCAAUGGCUUCAUUGAAACUGGAGAGGAGUGUGACUGUGGGACCCCUGCUGAAUGUGUCCUUGAAGGAGCGGAGUGUUGUAAGAAAUGCACCUUGACUCAAGACUCUCAAUGCAGCGAUGGUCUUUGCUGUAAAAAAUGCAAGUUUCAGCCUAUGGGCACUGUGUGCCGAGAAGCAGUAAAUGAUUGUGAUAUUCGUGAAACAUGUUCAGGAAAUUCAAGCCAGUGUGCCCCUAAUAUUCAUAAAAUGGAUGGAUAUGCAUGUGAUGGUGUUCAGGGAAUUUGCUUUGGAGGAAGAUGUAAAACCAGGGAUAGACAGUGCAAAUACAUCUGGGGGCAAAAGGUGACAGCAUCAGACAAAUACUGCUAUGAGAAACUGAAUAUCGAAGGGACCGAGAAGGGUAACUGUGGGAAGGACAAAGACACAUGGAUACAGUGCAACAAACGGGAUGUAUUAUGUGGUUACCUUUUAUGUACCAAUAUUGGUAAUAUCCCACGGCUUGGAGAACUCGAUGGUGAAAUAACAUCUACUUUAGUUGUGCAGCAGGGAAGAACAUUAAACUGCAGUGGCGGGCAUGUUAGGCUUGAAGAAGAUGUAGAUCUUGGCUAUGUGGAAGAUGGGACACCUUGUGGUCCCCAAAUGAUGUGUUUAGAACACAGGUGUCUUCCCAUGGCAUCCUUCAACUUUAGUACUUGCUUAAGCAGUAAAGAAGGCACUGUUUGUUCAGGAAAUGGAGUUUGCAGUAAUGAGCUGAAGUGUGUGUGUAACAGACACUGGAUAGGUGCCGACUGCAACACUUAUUUCCCUCACAAUGACGAUGAAAAGACUGGUAUCACUCUGUCUGGCAAUGGUGUUGCUGGCACUAAUAUCAUAAUAGGCAUAAUUGCUGGCACCAUCUUAGUGCUGGCCCUCAUAUUAGGAAUCACUGCAUGGGGUUAUAAAAACUAUCGGGAACAGAGACAGUUACCCCAGGGAGAUUAUGUAAAAAAGCCUGGAGAUGGUGACUCUUUUUAUAGCGACAUUCCUCCUGGAGUCAGCACAAACUCAGCAUCUAGUUCUAAGAAGAGGUCAAAUGGGCUCUCUCAUUCUUGGAGUGAAAGGAUUCCAGACACAAAACAUAUUUCAGACAUCUGUGAAAAUGGGCGACCUCGAAGUAACUCUUGGCAAGGUAACAUGGGAGGCAACAGAAAGAAAAUCAGAGGGAAAAGAUUUAGACCUCGGUCUAAUUCAACUGAGACUUUAUCUCCUGCCAAGUCUCCUUCUUCAUCAACUGGGUCUAUUGCCUCCAGCAGAAAAUACCCUUACCCAAUGCCUCCUCUUCCCGAUGAGGAGAAGAAAGUGAACCGACAAAGUGCCAGGCUAUGGGAGACAUCCAUUUAAGAUCAACUGUUUACAUGUGACCCAUCGAAACUGUUUACUUCAACUUUUAUAGAAACCCAGCCUCAUGGAAUCACUGCAAAUCUAUCUGCUCUUCAGACAAUACGAAGGCCCUCUGAGAUGCCACAGAGGAGAGGAAGCCAAAUCUCACAUCUGGAUACCAUUUUCUUUUUGUCAUUGGUUUAGGAUUUAACUGAACCAUGAAAAGAACUACUGAAAUGUUACACUGUAACAUGGAACAGUAAAGGUACUGGUAUGUUAAUGGAUAAUCUGCAUGACAGAUAAUAUGUAGAAAUAUCAAUAAAAUUAACUCACAAGACCCAAAUGUAGCAAGUUUCCUAAGGGACAAUAGUGGAUUCAGAACUUGACAUUCUGAAGCACAUCCUCAUUGUAAACAGUAAUGCUAUAUGCAUGAAGCUUCUGUUUAUUGUUUUCCAUAUUUAAGGAAACAACAUCCUAUAAUAGAAACUAGCAUGCAGGGCUAAGGCAUAUAGGAUUCUUCUGCAGGACUUUAAAGCUUUGAGAGGCCAAUAUCUCAUAUGCUAACUUUAAACAUGUAUUUUUAUUUUUGUUUUAUUUUUUACUUUUCAUAUUUAUAUCAGCAUACAAGGACAAUUGUAGAUAUGUAAACAUUUUUAAAUCUUAAAAAAAAAAAAAGCAGCUGUUACACACAAGUGUAUUUUGCCAAAUGCCUAAAAUCAGUCAGUCACAAUCACAUCAUUGUCAUCCAUCCAGUGGUCUUCAAAGAUUUUAAGCAGAUGAUGUUGUAAAUAUAGUGGUCAGUGCUG